AGGAGGUUUGCAGUGCACUGAAAUACUUGGAAGGAGGCGUAAACCAAGCUUGACAUCAACGCCGUUUCUUUCUCUCCGCUUCCUUAUACUCCUUUCUCUAAGUCUCGAGGCCAUUUCCGCGCCUUUCUUUACGACCAUAUACGAUCUGCACGACUUCUUCCUUCUCUGUCACUCCAACCUCAUCUCUUAAGGUAUCCCUAUAUACUCACUUUCUCCGGCUUCAAACUCCAUUUUCGGCUUCUCAAGAACUCGUGUCCCAUCUCUUUCGAUCAUACUCAAGCUAUGGAUAGCUGGAGGGUUGCUGUGCUUGGUGAUGGUGGUGUCGGUAAAACUGCUUUGGCCGUUCAGUUCACACUCAACUGUUUUGUUGAGACUUACGACCCGACAAUAGAAGAUGCUUAUAGGAAGCAGUUAAUUGUGGAUAACAAGAUGUGCUUCGUCGAAGUCAUCGACACUGCUGGGCAGGAGGAGUACGCCACACUGCGUGACCAAUGGGUUCGGGAAGGCCAGGGGUUUAUUCUGGUCUACUCCAUCGCAUCACGGUCAACAUUUGACCGGCUGGACGUUUUCAGACAGUCAAUGCUCAAGGUCAAGCGCCAAAAACCUAUCUUCAUGCUGGUGGGCAACAAGUGCGACAAGACAUACGAGCGUGAAGUCUCACGUGAGGAGGGCAUUGCACUCGCCCGGUCAUUUGGCUGUGAAUUCAUGGAGACAUCAGCACGAACAGCAUAUAAUGUCGAGCUUCUCUUCACCAACCUAGUACGUGCCCUACGGCAGACGAAACGAUUGGAAUCUGGUGGAUCAGGGGGAAAACAACAGGGCGACAAGACACCAAAGGACGGUAACAAGAAACCCAAAUGCGUGGUUAUGUGAAGGACAUCUUCUCGGGUUAUUGGCGACUUAGAUUUUCAUCCUCCCUUUACCUCUGUUUGAUGAUACCUCCACGAUUCUGCUUUGUUCUUCUCGCUCGCUUUCGGGCUAUCAUGGUUUUCUUCUAGCUACAAUAUCACACGUCCCACUCCUCACGCUGUGACUUACGCGAUCUAGUCCGCGAUGUAUUUUGCAAUGCACUGGCAAUCUUCUGGUACAGGCUCACAGGUUUGAUG